AUUAUAAGUAUAUUAAAAAUUACUAGGGCCUUACUACUAGAUUCCUAAUGACGAGUUUUUUGGAUACCAGAAACAAGAAUAGAUGAAGCAAAGAGAAGAUAAAUUACUUUUACAGUCCAGUCUUCUAAAGAAUGCCUUACACAUUAAGAUCACGUUUGAAUCCUUCAAAACAGAAGCCAAUAACAGAUCAUUUUAAUAGUUCUACAGAAAGCGAAUUAAGUGUGAGUAGUGAUAGUCAGUGUGAUACAACUGAUAACAUUCAACAUUUAGACAACUCUUCUAAUAUUAAAAGUGAACCCUUUGAUGGAAUUUCUGUCAAAGACUUAAGCAAGCAACAAGAUGCUUUGAGCAAGGCAUUAUCUGAAAAUCAUGAUGCAGUUAAUUCAGAUUUUCACCAGAGAAGUUUUAUUGACAGGGCAAUGAAUUCCGUUUUCUCUUCAUCUCUCUUACAGAUUAAUAAUGUAUCUAUCAAAGCUGAAGAUUCAAAAGAUAAUUUAGAAGAUUUAUUAUUUCCACCUCUACCUCAUUUUUUUGAAGGUGGGUUUAUCAGUUAUUUCCAAAGUGGUAAUAAUUUACAUCUUUCUUUGAAGUUCUCUCUCACAAAAUAUACCUCAGGGUCUACUUGUUGUUUAUGUAAUGCAAAGUGUGUGGGAUUACAUAACAUGUCACAUCAUCUAAGGCUACACACUGCAGAUAAAGUUUAUACUUGUAUUGAAUGCCAAGGGCAGUUUUUAUGUAAUGAAGAUUACAUAUCGCAUACAAGCAUUCACAAUACUCAGCUUACUUGCAACAUUUGCCAUAGCAGCUUCAACGAAAAAUGUAAGUUUAUAGCUCAUUCACAAACUCAUUUAAGUGAAAUUUUUUUAGCAUGUAAUAUGUGUUACCAUAGAUUUAAGCAGAGAACCGAUUUCUUGCGGCACUUGCGAUUUCACAGUGAACGUCCUUACGAGUGUGCCAUUUGUCCAAAGAAUUAUAUCCAUAUUCGGAGCUUAAGAAAACAUGUUUCCAAACUGCACAAAACUGACAAGCUUCAGGUUUUUAACUGUGCGCAGUGCGGUAAAGAGUGUCAGAAUGCCCACAAGUUAAGACAUCAUGUUAAACUACACUCAAAACAAGUUGUUUUGUGUCACAUUUGCGGGAAAUCUUUUAAAGACACCACGUCAAUCAAGAGACAUGUCCGGGAACACAGUGGUAUCAGACCUUAUAAAUGUGAAAUGUGUGGGUGGGCGUCGCCUCGUUUGAACAACUUAUCCAAGCACCUCAACACGCACCUUAAACCGUUAAAAUGUCUGCACUGCGAUCAACAUUUUAGUUGUGAUAUAUUUCUUGACUUACAUUUAAGCAAACAUUCUGGGGAAAAACCCUACCAGUGCGAUGCCUGUGAUAAAGGAUUUUUCUUUCCUUCUGCCUUAGCUAUUCAUAAAAGAAGGAAACACAGUGACAAAAGUAAGGAGAGUAGGAAUCAUAAAUGCCCCAUCUGUUUUGCAUUUUUUAAAAGGAAGUUUCAUCUCAAAAGACAUCUGCGUGUGCAUGAACAAAAAACUCGCACGUGUGGGCUUUGUCCCGCAUCAUUCACUGACAGAGAGGAUUUAAAAGUGCAUCAGGCAACGCACAAAGAUGAAAAGGUAUUCCAGUGUCCUGUAUGUGGGAUAGGAUUUUCCCGCAGGAAGAGGUUGUGGGACCACAAGCACAUCCACUCUGGUGUCAAGUUUAGUUGUGAUGUGUGUAACAUUCUUUUCUCACAUAGGAAAUCACUGAACCGACACAUGAAAGCUCAACACGGGAAAAGAAAUGUGUUGUCUAAAAAAUAGUAAAAAAAUAAAUGGGGCUGUGAUAGUCUGACUUUUAAAUGAAAAUUUUUUUUACACAUUUUAAAUGGAUUAGACUCCAGCGCUGAGGAUAAAAAUUUCUUGGAGAAUUAUUGCCAGAUUGUUAAUUAUCAUGUUUACAGUAUUACAUGUAAUAAUUGAUAAAUCACAUAUUGUGGUAUAGAUACUUGCCAUGUUCACCAGUGAAAUGUAGAGGGUUAGGUUUCUGACUUGGGUUGAUUACUAGGGUUAGGUUUAUUGUAGAGUUAGAUUUAUUCCUGUCUAGGUUUUUGCCCUGGGUUAGGUUUGUUAAGUAUUAAGUUUUACUUAGGUUAAGUUUAUACCUAGGGUUAGGCGUGUGUUUAGGGUUUUGGGCUAGGCUGAUGACACAUUAUAAACGUUUCAUUAAGUUUGGGUCAUAAACCAUUUACUGUAACUAGUGUGACACCAUCUCAGUGUAAAUAUUUUGUUUUUGCAUCAGGUCCAGUAAGAAAAGGUUUUUUAUUUUGUUUAAAAAAUAACAACUUAUAAACCUUAACCAGAAGAAAUGUAAAUAGGCCUCCUUAUGUUGUUGAUUAAAAAAAUCUUUCUUGUUUUUAACUUUACACCUGCCUUGUAUGUAACAUUUUUUUAUAUAGAAAGUUUUUUGAACUGAUAACUAGUCCUGUUCUUUGUAUGUUAUUUUUAUAGAAAAAUUAUCACUCAUGUACGUUACAAGUGUACGUACAUAUUGUGUAAGUUUGCUCUCAUUAUUAAUAUUACAAAUGUAUAUCUGAUAUUAUGAGACGGAGUGGUCUAGCGGUAGAGAGCUGGACUGCUGGCAUGUAAGUCUCGAGUUCAAAUCCGGGUUACAGUCAGUAGACCGUCCCUGAGUCCACCCAACUCUAAUGGGUACCUAACUCACGUUAGGGAAAGUAAAGGCGGCUGGGCAUAGUGCUGACCACACUAUCUCUUCAUAUGCCGAGGUCACAGAAACAAGUGAACUCUACUUCACUUGCCCCAUAGACCGUCAGGUUUGAAAGGGAAACUUUACUUUUUUAUAUCUGUUAUUGCAGUAUGUGAUCACAUAUAAAGUAUUUUGAUUUUUGCCUAAAGAACAUUGUGCUACUGUUCUUAUUACUUUAUUUUAAUUUUUUUCUACUCUUUUAGCUUUUUUGAAAAUGGGAAUUUAAACAUACUUGGGUUACUGACUGUAAUACUUUUUUCUGCCUAGUUUGAACUAUUACUAUAGUAUACAUGUCUAUAUUAUUUGCUUAAUUACAUGUGUAUAUACAUUUUUACAUACACACACAAUUAGAUAGAUAGAUAGACAGAGAAACAGACAAGAGUGAGAAAGGUAAUAAGAUAGUACCUCUAGUGCAGAAAAUAUGAUAAGAUUAAGAAAUUAUUUCUUGCUAUUGUAUCAGCUAUAGAUAUCCACAAAUCUACUUUACAACCUCUACAAAUAUCCACAAAUCUACUCCACAACCUCUAUGGAUAUUCACAAAUCUACUUUACAACCUCUAUGGAUAUCCACAAAUCUACUCCACAACCUCUAUGGAUAUCCACAAAUCUACUCCACAACCUCUAUGGAUAUCCACAAAUCUACUCCACAACCUCUAUGGAUAUCCACAAAUCUACUCCACAACCUCUAUGGAUAUCCACAAAUCUACUCCACAACCUCUAUGGAUAUCCACAAAUCUAAUCCACAACCUCUAUGGAUAUCCACAAAUCUACUCCACAACCUCUAUGGAUAUCCACAAAUCUACUCCACAACCUCUAUGGAUAUCCACAAAUCUACUCCACAACCUCUAUGGAUAUCCACAAAUCUACUCCACAACCUCUAUGGAUAUCCACAAAUCUACUCCACAACCUCUAUGGAUAUCCACAAAUCUACUCCACAACCUCUAUGGAUAUCCACAAAUCUACUCCACAACCUCUAUGGGUAUCCACAAAUCUACUCCGCAACCUCUAUGGAUAUCCACAAAUCUACUCAACUUCUACAGAUAUCCACAAAUCUAUUUCACAACCACUACAGAUAUCCACAAAUCUCCACAACCUCUACAGAUAUCCACAAAUCUAUUCCACAACCUCUGCAGAUAUCCACAAAUCUAUUCCAAAAGCAUAUUAAAACAAGACUGUAGGUGCAACAAUCAGUGAACACCUACAUCAUGCAAGAACAGUGUUGAAAGACACAGAGUUUAAAAUAGUUCACACACAGUCCACCAAGUCUAUGAUAGUCAAAAAAAAAUACACCAAAGCUUCUACUACAAUUUUCAUUUUUCCAAUGCUGUUUCACUUCAUAUCCUAAGAUUAUGAGUAUUAAUUGCUUUCUCCUACAUUGUGAU